CACCCGAGAGCUAUAUUUGCGAUCUUUUGAUCACUGUUUUGAUAUGGUUCACAUUAAUUUUCCACCAACGCUGACAGAAGAAGAAGAAAUUCUCAAACAGAAAUAUGCAAAAUUAAGGAAAAAGAAAAAAGCAUUAUUAGCUGCUAGAGCUCCAAAACCAGAGAAAGAACAACCAAUCAAUGCACCAACAAAACGAGCGGCUCCAGAAAAUGCAGGAGAUGCCACACAACAAGCUAAAAAAUUAUUGAAGUUAGGGGCAAUUAAGAUAAAGGAAAGUCAGGAAAAGCAGAAUUUUAAAAGAUCAAAGAACUUUGAAAAGAGAAAGGACUCAGAAAAGCUUCCAGCCGUGGGAUUUCAACCAUUCUCAUCGACACAUCAGGAUGAAGAAGAAAAGGAGAAAAACAGACCAAGAGCGAGAGGACUAUAUGAUACCUUUGUAAGUGGGGAGAGAGAAGGAGGAAGAGAGAGGGAACCACCAAAGAAAGGACAUACAAUAUAUGUUAAUGGCAAUGGCAUCACAGAAGACAUUCUUAGAAAAGCUUUCAAAGACAUUGGUACUAUUUCACAUAUUACAAUGGAGAAAGACAAAAAUGUUGGUUUUGUAACAUUUGAGUCAAUGGAUGCAUCAGACAAAGCUAUUGCUGAGGUAAAUGGAGCUAUGUUUGAAGGGGUCCAGUUACGAGUUAGUAUGGCAAGGAGACAGCCAACAUUUGAUUCUCAGUCAAAUGAACCCCAGUCCACAGCUUCAUGGUCAACAAUAGCUGCCAGUUCAUCACAAAAAGGUAACCACAGAGACAGAAGAGGACAGGUGCAUUAUGAAGAUGAAGAUCUGUUUGGAUAGGAAGUGUCAACACAUUUGUGAAUGGUGUGAUAAUCUGUUUGAAUAGGAACUGUUUACACAUAUGAAUAGUGUGAAGAUCUGUUUAGUUAGGAAGUGUUUACACAUGGGUGAAUGGUGUGAUAAUCUGUUUGAAUAGAAACUGUUUACAUGUAUGAAUAGUGUGAAGAUCUGUUUAGUUAGGAAGUGUUUACACAUGUGUGAAUGGUAUGCAGAUUUAAAACAAGUAGUCAAUGGUCUAAAGAUCUGUUUGGGUAGAAAGUGUUUACACAUGUAUGAAUAGUGUGAAGAUUUUAAACAAGCAGUGAAUGGUGUGAAGAUUUAAAACAUGUGUGAUUGGUGUGAAGAUCUGAAACAAGUAGUGAAUGAUGGGAAUGAGGAAAUGUUUUGAUAUGAAGUUUUUAAUUGUUUCUGUUUGAAUGGUAAAACGAAAAGAGUUGGUGAAUAAUAGGAUGGGUAUAUAUAUUUUGACAGGCAAUAUGUAAAUAUUUGUGUGAAUGAUUGUGAUAAUGCUUAUGAAUGAUCUGGUGUAUUAGUGGGAACAUUGUGUGCUUUGAUUGAGAUAUUUGUUAAGAUAUAAUUUCAUUUAUUGCUGUUAUUGAUGAACUGAACUACAGGAAUAAAUUUCAAACUUU